GCAUCGGGUUAAAAACCCAAUCCAACCCAAUUCUCCCCUGACAGUACAAGCACGCUGAUCUUCAUUCUUCAUCUCCCUUCGCUGAAGCCGAGCGCCCUUCACACUCGAACCGGGCGAUUCGUUGGAACAGAGGAGCUUUUGAAGUCAUCAAGCGACAAUGUUUGGUUCCACCAACCCAUUCGGGCAGUCAUCUAGUAGCCCGUUUGGGCAAUCAUCCAAUAGCCCGUUUGGACAGUCACCUAGCAGCCCUUUUGGGUCCCAAUCAGUUUUUGGGCAGACUAACAAUGCAAGUAGCAAUCCAUUUGCUCCUAAACCCUUUGGCAGUACAUCCCCUUUUGGUUCACAAACAGGGGGUUCCAUUUUUGGUGGCACUUCUACUGGCGUGUUUGGUGCAACCCAAACUUCUUCGCCUUUAUCAUCGACACCAGUGUUUGGUGCUUCAUCAAACCCAGCUUUUGGAAGUUCAACGCCUGCUUUUGGAGCAACAUCGACUCCUGCCUUUGGUAGUUCAUCAUCAUCAUCAUUUGGCGGUUCUUCUGUGUUUGGCCAGAAGCCUGCUUUUGGUGGUUUUGGAUCCACUGGUACCCAAACUAGCCCCUUUGGAAGUUCAUUUCAACAGUCACAGCCAACAUUUGGGAGCAGUCUUUUUGGUUCUACUCCUUUCGGUGCACCUAGUCAGCCUGCUUUUGGUGCUUCAAGUACUCCGGCCUUUGGUUCAUCAAGCUCAUCAGCCUUUGGCGGCACAAGUGCACCUGCCUUUGGUGCCACAAACACCCCAGCCUUUGGUUCUACUGCAACCCCAGCAUUUGGUGCAACCGGCACUGCGUUCGCUGUAUCUAGUUCCCCAGUUUUUGGAUCAAGCACUCCAUCAUUUGGUGCCUCUAGUACUUCUGUAUUUGGGUCAUCAAGCACUCCAGCAUUUGGUGCCUCAAGCACUCCGGCAUUUGGUGCCUCAACUACUUCGGCUUUUGGUGGUUUGAGUACUCCUCCAUUUAGUUUUGGGUCCACUCCAGCAUUUGGCCAAUCAAGCAGCCCAUUUGGUACAACUACAUCGCCCUUUGGAGCUCAGAGUGCACCAUUUGGAGCCCAGGCUACAACACCAACAUAUGGGAGCUCUGGUUUUGGACAGUCGGCUUUUGGAGGCCAUCGAGGGGGAAGUAGAGUGGCUCCUUACACGCCAACUGCUGAGUUAGAUAGUGGCACAGGUACACAGCCUGCUGGAAAGCUGGAGUCAAUAUCGGCUAUGCCUGUGUAUAAGGAUAAAAGCCAUGAAGAACUUAGAUGGGAGGACUAUCAAUUGGGUGAUAAAGGAGGGCCAAGUGCUGGUGCAGUUGGAUUUGGCGCUUCGACUACACAGUCAAGUCCAUUUGCUUCUUCGUCAACAUUUGGUCAGAUAUCUGUGAAUCCCUUCUCAUCAUCAGCAUCUUCCAACCUCUUUGCUCCAAAAACCCCAGCCUUUAGCAGUUCUGGCUUUGGAUCCACAUCUACUCCUGCAUUUGGUUCUUCACCCUUUGGGACAUCAUCGACAUCUAACCCUUUUGGGUCAACUUCAUCAGCAACACCCUCCAUAUUUGGUUCAACUCCUGCAUUUGGAGCCAAUAUCUCCCCAUCUCUUUUUGGAUCAUCAAGCUCAUCUGCUUUUGGAUCAUCAACAUCUGUUUUUGGUUCUUCAUCAGCUCAGGCAACAACUCCAUCAUUUGGUCCUGGCUUAAGUUUUGGCAACACACAGUCAUCCCCACUGUUCCAGUCAACUACACCUUCACUGGGACCGGCAACUCCUGCUUUUGGACAGACUACCUCCUCCUUUGGACAGAGUACUCCAGCUUUUGGGCAAUCAAGUAUAUUUAGUACACCUUCUACUGCAUUUGGGGCGAAUUUGUUUUCGAGCACGCCAUCCCUGCUAACUACAAGCAACCCAUUAGGGUUUGGUCAAACAACCCCGUCCAUUUCAACACCCUAUCAAGUGGCUCAACCCUCUCAGAGUACAGGUGCUUUUGGCUUUAGCAACUUUGGUCAGAUGCAAGCAGCUGGUACAAGCGGCCUUGGUGGCACGCCAAGCAUCUUUGGUCAGAAUACUUUUGGACAAUUGUCUGUCAGUCAGAGCUCUGCAGUUGCACAACCAGCCCCUGUUAUGAAUCCUUUUGGAAUUCUACCAGCGAUGCCUCAGAUGUCAAUUGGUCGCACAGGGAUAUCACCUUCUAUUCAAUAUGGAAUUUCUAGCUUGCCUGUGGUUGACAAACCUGCUCCUGUUAGGAUAUCAUCAUUGUUGACUUCUCGGCACCUUUCUCAAAGGCGGAUUAGGUUGCCCAUAAGGAAAUAUCAACCUAAAAAUAAUGGUCCAAAGGUACCAUUUUUUAGCGAUGAUGAAGAGACAACCAGUGCACCUAAGGCGGAUGCUCUUUAUGUUGCCAGGGAGAAUCCAAGAGCUUUGGUAAUUCGCCCCUUGGAACAGUGGCCUUCUAGAGCAAAUCCAGACAAAACAGCACCACCAAAGGAUACAUCCACUCCACCUCAUGCGAAUGGUAAAACGUCUGAAGCAGCUUCUACCCCUAAUUUGUAUGGGUCAAGUGCAGAAGAUAAAGAUAAUGGUCCAGUUGAAAAUGGCCUUGUCAAAGAACGACUUCAUACUGCUAAUCUAAACCCGAAACCUAAUGGACUCGAUGAUGAUCAUUCUAUCCAGAGAGGGGAUUCAUACAUUACACUUACUGGCCACCGAGCUGGUGAGGCGGCAAUUGUUUAUGAGCAUGGGGCUGACAUUGAGGCACUGAUGCCAAAACUCCACCACUCUGACUAUUAUACAGAACCUAGAAUCCAGGAACUAGCGGCAAAGGAAAGGGCUGAACCAGGGUUCUGCCGCCAUGUGAAGAACUUUGUGGUUGGACGGCAUGGUUAUGGUAGCAUCAAGUUCAUUGGGGAGACGGAUGUAAGACGACUUGAUCUUGAGUCCCUUAUCCAGUUUAACAACCGGGAGGUGAUUGUGUAUGUGGAUGAGAACAAGAAGCCUCCUGUUGGACAAGGACUUAACAAGCCUGCUGAGGUGACGCUUCUCAACAUAAAAUGUUUUGAUAAAAAGACUGGACAGCACUAUACGGAGGGACCAAGAAUUGAUAAGUACAAAGAGAUGCUCAAAAGAAAGGCUGAGGAUCAAGGUGCUGAGUUUGUGUCCUAUGACCCCAUCAAAGGAGAAUGGAAGUUCAAGGUCAACCAUUUCAGUGAGUACAGGCUUGACGAUGAAGAUGGCGAUGACUGACAUACAUGCUCCUCCGUUUUGCUGGGCUAAAUGGUAGACAUAUUUUGUUUUUAGUGGAUGGUUUUUUUCUGGCCUUUGCAGUGUGUAAAAAAAUUAUCAGGAAAUUUGUGGUAUACUAAUCUAAGUAUGUAGUGGGAUCGUCUGUUCAUCAAAGGGGCUGUUUUGGUUUAAGUUCUAUUAUUCUUUGUUGUUGUAUUGUGUUUUUUUUUUUGCCUUAUUCAUUCCCAGUUUUUGUAAGCCUUUUAAUGAUCUUGGUUUCAACUGUUAUGGGAAGAUAAGAUAGAUGCGGUUGGUUGUUUGUAAUACUAAUUGCAUAGGUAUUUAUCUUGUUUCUAUUGCAGUAGUUAGAGUGGUACCUUAGGAAGGAGCCUAUUCUGUUGGUUUGAG